AUGGAAAGCAAAAAAUUGGAUGCCUUGUCAAAAACGACUUCACAAGCUGUUUCGAAACCAGUCCAGAAACUAGUAUCGAAAGGGCAAUCAAGUGUUUCCUUUUCUAAGAUAAGCAGGGAAAAUGAGCAAAAAGGUGCUAUACCAAAGAAUAUAAAAAAAACUGAUUUGCCGAAGGGGCAACCAAAUAUGUCCGGUUCAUUUUCGAAGAUCUCAAAUGAGAAUUUGCUUGCUUCACCAAUAAGGGUCCCCAAAUCUGAUUCAGAGGCAAUCCAAAAGAGUGAUAUGACCGAAAUGCAACCAAAUGUGGUUGCUUCGUCUUCAAAGGUAAGGCGGGAAAAUGAGAAAAGGGGUGCUAUACCAAAAUGUAUCCAAAAAACUGAUUUGCCGAAGAGACAACCAAAUAUAGCUGCUUCAUUUUCGAAAAUGAACUUGUCAAAUGAGAAUUUCUCUGCUUCACCAAUAAGGAUCCCCCAAACUGAUUCAGAGGAAAUCGAAAAGAGUGAUUUGACAGAAGUACAACCAAAUGUUGUUGCUUCGUCUUCGAAGAAAUCUAAAUUUGCUCAAGGCGGUAGAAAGAAGGAUACUUGCCAGUCUUCUGAACCUUCUACCAGUUUGUCGGUAGCUAAGCAAUUGGAGGCUAAGAAAAGACAGGAGAAAGAAGACUAUAUGACUAAAAAGUGGUUAGAGAGUGAUAAAAAAGGAUGGGAGUUCAUAGAUAAAGGUGCCAAUGAUUAUGAAUUUCCAAUCGAAGAUCCAUCCGAAUAUGAAGGACACGAGUUCAUAGAUAAAGGUGCCAUUGGUUAUGAAUUUCCAAUCGAACAUCCACCCGAAGAUGAAAAACUCGGGUUCAUAGAUAAUGGUGCAAAUGAUUAUGAAUUUCCAAUCGAAGAUCCAUCCGAAUAUGAAGGACUCGGAUUCAUAGAUAAAGGUGCCAUUGGUUAUGAAUUUCCAAUCGAACAUCCACCCGAAGAUGAAGAACACGGGUUCUUAGGUAAAGGUUCCAGUGAUAUUGAAUUUCCAAUCGAACCUCCUCCCGAACAUGAAGGGCUUGAAGUUUUGGGUGUAGAUAACCCUGAAACAUGGGAUGAAGACCAUUUCAAGUAG